AUGGCAGCCCCAACCCUUCCCCCAAUCACAUCCCUCCCCAGCUUGCCUUUGAGCGAACAACUCAAAGCCCUCGACACCGUCUUCGAACCCUCCCCCGAACUCCACACUAUCCUCCAACCUAUCCUCACCUCCAACCAACCCUUCCAAUCAUAUGACACUCUUAUCGACACAAUCCACACCAAACUAUCAGCCCUAUCCGCAGCAACGAGUGACCCACAACAGAAACAGACUCUAUAUGGCAUUCUAGGCUCUCACCCUCGCCUCGGCGCAGCAUCGCCAACUGCGCAGGCCGGACUGAGUGAAUUGAGUAGACGCGAGCAGGCUAAUAUCAACAAGUCAGCCCAGAACGACGAACAAGCGGCUGCAGACCAAGCUGCGAGGUUGAGUGCGUUGAAUAAGGAGUAUGAGGAGCGGUAUCCGGGGUUGAGAUAUGUGACCUGGGUGAAUGGGCGAGGCCGAGAUGUUAUCAUGGUCGAUAUGAGGAGGCGCAUUGACCGGGCAGAAUUUGAGAUGGAAGUAAGAGAUAAUAUUGAGGCUAUGUGUGAUAUUGCCAAAGAUCGCGCAAAGAAGUUGCAAGCCAACUUAUAG